AAAUAAAUGCAAAAUAAUACAGUAGUUUGGGGAAAUGAAAAAUGUUAAAGGACUUUAUGACUAUGACAUUAAUAAGGACAAUACCGAAUUUUCACAAUCAAUUAAUUAAUACAUAUUUAGCAAAGGAUCUCGCUUUUAAGAUUUUCCAAACUAUUCGCUGCUGCAAACUCCCACCAAAAUCCGUUGCACUUGGUAUCGAUAGUUUGACUGUGAUGUCUGAACAGCUGUUGACAUCCUCUCAUUAGCAUGUUGCACUAAGGAAAAAUAAACACGGGACAGCAUACAGAAAGAAAAAAAAAUAUGAUUAUGGAAAUAUAGAAAUGUGGAAUAAAAAUUUACUUUCAAUUUUGCAUUUCCUUUAACAAUUUGAAUUUCCCCAACCAUUAAUUUAUAUUUUAUAUUGUAUUAUUUUUGUAUUGAUUGGUGCAUUUAUUUCUUUAUUUGUAUAUCUCCUCUCACAUUUAAUUAAAUAUAUUUAUUUAUGCAUGAAUAUGUAGAUUUAUUAAUUUUAGUAUUUGUGUAUUUAUGUAUUUAUUGUUUUUUGCAGGUUUCGUCCUCCAUAUUAGAUGGGCCCUACACUCAAAAAAUAUUUUAGCCUAUUUUCAAUAUUUAUACAUUCUAGUUUCAUAACAAAAGUCCAUCAAAUUGAAUUGCAUACUGUUUAACAACAUUUAAUUAAUAAAACUUAAAAUAAAUACAUUUUUUUAUUAUUUUAUUUUAUAAAAGAUUACUUUUAAUAGGGUUAGGGUUAAGUUCAUUUGAUGUCAUUUUAUGAAAUUGAAAUGUUAUUUUUAUUUUAUUUAUUUUUUUAGUGUAUCAGGGUUGUGCACCAUUCAGAAUGGAAUUCUUAAAUAAGUUACAUUUUUAAAUUUCAAUUAAAUGUGUGUGGGGGGGCAGACUUGUAAUUUAAAUACAAACGUAAGAAAUUAGAACUAAAACGGAACGAAAUAAAAAGAAAACAAUAAAACAACAACAACAACAACAACAACAACAACAACAACAACAUUACCCCACCCUGCUGUCUCUCUUCCAUUCUUUCAUUCAGUGAGACUUCUGAAUCAAAACUCACCAGUUACCAAGACAGCAAAAGAUUAAAAAUAAAAUAAAAAUAAGAAAUGUCAUAAAACACAGACACACACAUUACAGACAUUAUUUUAAAAUGCACAGCGAAGUGUUGGGUUGCUAAAAUAACUGUCAGAUUCCAUUACAGACACCAUAUAGUAACACGGAUCAUACAGUGGUAAUAAAGAGUCAUCAGUGGGCUUACCUGUUGUUUAAAUUUGCAUAGGGGGAAAGGAGGAGUUCAAAAUUAAAAUCACUUCCUGAAUGACUGUGCAAAUGUUUAGGCACAUAAAUAUCUGAUGUCCAGUAAGAGCAAAAAUCUGGGUUCCAGUGAGGCACUUACAAUGGAAGUCAACAGGGCCAAUCUGUAAAUGUUAAAAUACUCACCGUUUCAAAAGUAUAGCCGCAAGAUGGAAACAAUACAUGUCUUAACGUGAUCAGUGUUGGGAUCCAACUGAAACGAUCCAGAAUAUUAAGAAUGGCCUUCACAGACUCCCUGCACCCGGAGGACAAAGACGAGUCAUUCGCUCUGAAAGCGCUGAAAAUCGCGUCCGUCGUCGCUCUCUACUGGUUUAUUUCCAUCACUAUGGUAUUCCUGAAUAACUAUCUAUUAGACAGCAAGGACCUGGAUGCACCAGUCUUCAUCACAUUCUUCCAGUGUGUCGUCACUGUUGGACUGUGUUUGCUCAUGAACGUUUUCUCAAUCCUUUGUCCGGGAUACGUGGAUUUCCCGUCUUUGAAACUGGAUCUGAGAGUGUCCAGGGAGUUGUUGCCAUUGUCGGUGGUCUUCAUAGGCAUGAUCACAUUUAACAACCUGUGUCUCAAACACGUGGGAGUCGCAUUCUACACUGUCGGCCGCUCGCUCACCACCGUAUUUAACGUCAUUCUGUCGUACGCUGUUUUAAAGCAAACGACGUCCUUUUACGCGCUGCUGUGUUGUGGAGUCAUUCUGGGUGGAUUCUGGCUCGGUGUGGAUCAAGAAGGUGUGGCGGGUUCCCUUUCUUGGACAGGCGUAAUUUUCGGAGUCCUUGCCAGUCUUUUUGUCUCUCUCAAUGCCAUCUACACCAAGAAAGUGAUGCCAGCGGUGGAUGGAAAUAUCUGGAAGCUUUCCUACUACAACAACCUCAAUGCCAGCGUGCUUUUUAUACCCCUUAUUGUCAUAUCAGGGGAACUGGGAAACUUGUUUAAUUUUAGCAGACUGACAGAUUUAAAUUUUUGGGGCAUGAUGACUCUUGGUGGAGUGUUCGGCUUUGCCAUCGGUUAUGUCACGGGACUUCAGAUAAAGUUCACCAGUCCAUUGACGCACAAUGUGUCCGGCACAGCCAAAUCCUGCGCGCAGACUGUGUUGGCAGUAAUGUACUCUGGUUCCAGUAAGAGUGUGCUGUGGUGGACGAGCAAUAUGAUGGUGCUGGGUGGCUCAUCUGCCUACACCUGGGUCAAAGGGCUUGAGAUGAAGAAAGUUCAGGUGCCUCUGGAAACACAAAGCACAGCCACUCAGAAAAGUAAAGACGUCUCGGGGGUGUAGAACAUUUCUUAAGGGUUUAAAAAUACCUGAGAGAUACUGUACCUUUGUUAAAGUAACUCUUUGUUUAGCACAUCUACUGUAUAUUUUAUGGCCGUUUGAUCAUUUGAUGUAUAUAAAUGAUUUUGCAGUGUAAAUGGAUAUUAUUCAAAGGAUUAAAUCAACCUGUUUAACAAACCUGACAUAACUUCUU